AUGUCUACAGGGUUAUCCAAUCGAGUCAUGAACAUGAAGUUCAUGCAAAAAGCCGAAGAUUCCAAACUAGGGAAACAGAAACUAGAGGAACAAAAGAAAAUACACGAUUUAUCAGAAUGGGUAUUACCUGACCUGGCAAAACUAUUGAAAUUAGCAGCAAUGAAACCAAAAAUAGAAAGAGUAGGGUUUGGAACUAUAAUGACUAAUGGGAGUUACAACUAUUCAUCAACUAUAAAACGAUCUUGGGGUAGUAAUGUUUCCUUUGAAGAAAUCGAAGAUAGUGAAUCCAAUAAUGUAGAGGAUAUUGAUGAUGAACCACUAGAUUUAAACACAAUGUGGAGGAAAAGAAAACUAGAAAGUCCAUCCAAUUCGAACAAGAAGAAACGAUUCUUUUGA